AUGUGGGUCAGCCUCACGGAACACCGUUCCUCUGUGACUGAAUUCAUUCUUCUGGGCUUUUCCAUUAGCCCUGGAACUACUCCUCUGCUCUUCUUGGCAUUUCUAAUGAUCUACCUGUUGAUUAUUCUGGGCAACAGCUUGAUCACUGUCCUCAUCUGCCUGGACUCACACCUCCACACUCCCAUGUACUUCUUCAUUGGCACCCUUUCUAUGUUGGACCUGGGAUACACCACUACAACCGUUCCCCAGAUGCUGGCACAUCUGGCCAGUCAGAAGAAGACCAUCUCUUUCACCAGCUGUGUGGCCCAAAUGUAUAUUUUCUUGGUUCUAGGCAUCACUGAGUCCUGGCUCUUUGCCAUUAUGUCUAUAGACAGGUAUGUGGCCAUCUGCCACCCUCUUAGAUACAAGGUCAUCAUGAGCCCAAGGCUAUGUGGGGUAAUGGUCAUUUUCUGUGGACUCUGGGGUGUUACCUCUGCUUUUGUCUACACCAUCUUUGCCAUGCGUCUGCCCUACUGUGGUCCCAACAAGAUAAACCACUUUUUUUGUGAAGUCCCUGCAGUCUUAAAGCUGGCUUGUGCAGAUACCUCAGUCAAUGACCGGGUAGACUUCAUUCUCGGUUUUAGUGUAAUUCUCAUCCCACUGUCACUCAUCCUCAUCAUCUAUAUCAACAUCUUCAUUGCCAUCUUGAAGAUCCGUUCAGCUCAGGGGCAAAUGAAGGCCUUCUCCACCUGUGCCUCCCAUAUCACUGUGGUCACCAUGUUCUGUGUGCCAGCCAUGGUCAUGUACAUGAAGCCUGGCUCUAAGUCCUCUCCAGAAGACGACAAGAAGUUGGCCCUGUUCUACAAUGUCAUCUCUGCUUUCCUCAACCCCAUAAUCUACAGUCUACGGAACAAGGAUGUGAAGAGGGCUUUCCUCAAGGUGAUAGGCGUGGGGAGGGCCCCAGAGUGA